AUGACGGUAGAUGUUGAUAGCUUGCGAUAUGUAGAACUCCAGAGGCUUGCUAAAAUGCAUGGUAUCAAGGCUAACAAAAAGGCCUCUGAACUAAAGAAGGAGCUGAAAAUCCUGCUUUGUAUUCAGGAAUUUGAAAGUAUCGGCACAAAGAAUGGUGAAACAGCAUCUACUGAGUCUGUUGAGAUUGAAGAGUCUUCUUUCAGAUGUACGGACAAGCCUAAGCUUUCUGCUGACGAUCAAGAAAAUAAAGAAAAUGGCGGGAUAACAUCUACACCAAUAAGUGACGAUGAAGCUCCAGGUGUUUUGAAUCGAACAUACGAGCUAACUUCUCCUGUGGUGUGCUGCAAGAAGGAUACUAUUGAGAACCCAAUCAAGCAAUACUCAGAAUCCCAUAAAUUGUCCAUAGCUAAAAAGCCAUCGGUUAUCAAGACAGUCCCAGACUUCAGUAAGAUUCAUGCUAAGGCCGCUUCAAAAUUGGAAUCAUUGGUGUCAUAUGCUUCACGGCGUAACUUGACUAGUAAACCUCGACCACCAUUUGCAUCACCACCUUUUGUUAACAACAAUAAAAAGGUCUCGAAUUCAUCUGGCGAUAAAUCUGAGAUCUCCCAAACAAAUAUAUCUCAGCGCAAGUUCAGCCUUCAGAAGAAAAUAUCAAUUCCUUUGAAUGACAAAAUCACAAUAUUGAAGAAUUCAAAUUCGGUUAAACGAAGUAAAUCACUUCUUUCUCCUUUCUCAUCUAAUGAAAUUAGUACAACUGUAAAUAACCAACAACAGGCAAACAAUUUGGCAGCUUACAAUCCAUUAUCGCGUAAAACUACUAUUAAAAUUCCAGCUGACAGUGCAUUUGCUCGACGUAAAGCGUAUGAUUUGAAAUAUAACCAGUCACGUCGUUUGUCCUGUACACCUCAUCGUGUUUCCAAGCAAUUAUCAAUAACUCCUCCUAAAUCAACUACUGUCGUACGACAAGAUAUUCGUAUACCUAAACCAUUUGUAAAUGUUCGUCGUAAUAAAACGGAAUUAUCAAAGAUUUGCAAGGAAGAUCGGGCAAUGUCAAGGAGAUUAUUAGUUGACAAGAAUCGUGGCUUAUAAUUAUUUUAUUAUUCAUAUAUAUAUAUAUAUAUACCUCUUAUCUACCUGUAUAAUAUUUAUCUAAUAUCUAAGUGUUUGUAUCAUAGUUACCUUAUUUUAAAGAUAUUAUCAUUAUUCCAUUAUUUAACAUGAG